AUGCUUGGUUGUAAAACGUGGAGACGUCUGGCUCCGCAGCUGCAACUUCAACUGCAUACAGGGCUGGCCACGCUCUCAAUUCGCAAUGAUCGGAUGGCCCUAUGGACGAAGGAGAUGGAGAGGCAGCAGGUGGCAAUGGAACAGGCACUAGAUCAGGCGCUAACUCGCGCAGAGCCGCUCGAACUGGCAGUGCAGUAUCCAGGGGAAGUACCUGGUGUUUUUACCUUUUGUGGUGUGAAAGGCGCCUCCACGUCUAUUGACGUACUUAAACAGAUGCACGAGAUGGGAUUGCCAAAGUUUCAGGCAUUAGUGGCCAAGAAUGAAGGCGAAUUGCUCGAUCUACGCACGCCACUGCAAUGCUCUGGUUCAUUGCAAUUACUCGAUUUUUCGAGUGAUGAAGGUAAAAACGUGUUCUGGCAUUCGUCAGCGCACGUUUUGGGACAGGCUUUGGAGAAUAAGUUUCAGGACAAGAUUCGACUAACUGACGGCCCGGCGUUGAGUGAAGGAGGUUUUUUCUACGAGAUGUUCCUGCAGGACGGACUGACUGUGUCCAAAAAGGACUUUGACGAACUUGCACGCAACAUGAAGAAGAUUGUCAAAACUAGACAACCGUUCGAACGACUGCAGGUGACACGUGAAUUUGCCGAGGAGCUAUUUGCCUACUCGGACUAUAAAAGAGAAAUGCUGCACAAGAUUCAAGAGGGAGACACGAUUUCGCUUUACCGUUGCGGCCCACUCAUUGACUUGUGUCGUGGUCCCCACGUCCCCCACACUGGCAUGCUGUCGUCUUUUGCGAUCACGCGAUGUGGUGCGUCACACUGGGAGGGAAAAGAUUUAUUGCAGCGCGUGUAUGCUGUAUCGUUUCCAAACAACACGCAACUCAAGGAGUGGCGUCAUCUUCAAGAAGAAGCAAAAAAGCGCGAUCAUCGCCAUAUUGGCCGCGCCCAACAGCUCUUUAUGUUUCACCCGCUAAGCCCUGGAUCGUCAUUCUUCCUGCCUCAUGGCACACGAGUGUUUAACACGCUUGCCGACUUUAUUCGCGGAGAGUACCGCCGUCGUGGUUACGAUGAGGUAAUCACACCCUUGAUUUACAAGAAAGAGCUUUGGGAAACGUCAGGCCAUCUCAAAAACUAUCACGAUGAUAUGUUUUUGGUUUCUCAAGGCAUUGACACAGGUGACAAGGAGGUUUAUGAAGAGCAUGACCAUAGGAGAACUCACGUUUAUGGUAAAGAUGAGUCUGAUCAGUUUGGACUGAAGCCUAUGAACUGCCCGGGACACUGCUUAAUAUUCCGCGAAGCGAAGAAGUAUUCGUACCGAGAGUUGCCUGUCCGCCUUGCCGACUUUUCUGCGCUUCACCGUAACGAGGCUUCUGGUGCGCUUACGGGACUAACGCGCGUUCGCCGUUUUCACCAAGACGAUGCACACAUUUUCUGCACAGCUGCUCAGGUACAAUCGGAGAUUUCUCAUGCUCUUGAUUUUGUCAAGCACGUGUAUGGCAUUUUUGAUUUCAAGUUUAAUUUGCGUCUCUCGACUCGUCCGGAAAAGUACAUGGGUGAUCUCGAGCUCUGGGAUGACGCAGAAGAUCAAUUGCGUGUAGCGUUGGACGAUUUUCGUCAACCAUGGAGUGUCAAUGUAGGUGACGGUGCAUUCUACGGUCCAAAGAUUGACAUCGUAGUUACCGAUGCCUUGAAGCGUCAACACCAAUGCGGCACAAUUCAGCUGGAUUUUCAGCUGCCUCUUAACUUUGAGCUCGCGUACGAUGGUGCUGAUGGCGAAGUUCACACUCCGAUCAUAAUUCACCGUGCCGUGCUAGGAUCAAUUGAGCGGAUGAUGGCAAUUCUUAUCGAGCACACUGGUGGCAAGUGGCCGCUAUGGCUCAGUCCUAGACAGGUGGCUGUGCUUCCAAUUGCUGAAGCACAUCGUGGAUACGCUCAUGAGGUGGCAAAUCAGUUGCAAAUGGCCACUACACGUGGUUUGUUCGUGGAUGUGCAAGACAGCAGCAAGACUCUUAACAAACGUGUGCGUGAGGCGCAAGUUGCAGGCUACAAUUACAUUCUUGUUGUCGGUGACAAGGAAGAGGCUGCACAGGAGGUCAACAUUCGCACACGUGACAAUCAAGUUCAUGGUGCAAAACCUCUUGUAGACUUUAUCAAUGACAUUAAGGCCGCUAUUGAUCGUCUGGAAUAG